CGCGGGGAGCGGGGAGCGGAGCGGACGGAGCCAAGAUGGCGGCGCCGGGGCUGGGCCGGCCCUGAGGGGCCGUGAGGGGCCGGGAGGGGCCCCCGCGCUCGGCGGGCUGGGACGGGCCGCAGGGGGGGCCCCGCCGCUCCCCCCGCCGCUCCUCGCGACGCUGCCGCCGCCGGAGCCUCCCCGGGGUCUGACCGGAGCCUCCCCGGGAGAGACGCGGGGCCUGCUCGGGGCCUUUUGCGGCCUUACCGGGGCCUCCCCGCGGCCUUUCGGGGCUCGGCGGGGCCGUUUGGGGCCUCCCCGGGGCUCGUCGGCGCCGUUUGCGGCCUUGAGCGGAGCUUUUUGGGUUCGAACCGGGCCCUUCCCGAGGCCUCCGGGGCUGAACCGGGGCUUUAAGGGCCUUUAACGGGGAGGGCCCCCCGGUGCCCCCGGUUUUGGUUCUUUCUCGUUGAAAUUUGGGGCCGAUUUCAGCCGAAAUCGCGGCAAAAUCGGAGUUUUUUUUGUUUUGUUUGGUUUUUUUUUUUAAUUAUUUUAAAAUUUUUGUUUAUUUAACGGCGCUUUUCCCGGUUUUUUUCCGGGAUUUCGGCUCUUCCCGAGGGUCAGAAAAUCCCGGGAUUUGAGGCGCAGCAGGAGCGGGAUGAAAUUCCAAGGAUUUCUUCAACCGAGCGAGUUUUUUUUGGGUUUUUUAUCGCGGUUUUUGCUUUGAGCGAGCGAAAUCCGCGAUCCAGGGAAUUCCUGCCUCGGGAAUGCUCGCCCUGGAACCGGGAAUGACUUAAGGGCAACGCCGCGCUUGGCUUUUCCUCGAUAAAUUAUUAAUUAGGAAAUUAAAAAUAAUUUAAAAAAGGGGUUUUUUUUGGGGGGGGUAGGGGGGAUAAAAUCCGGAGUUUUCCGGCAAGGACUGACAGCGAUCCCGGCCUCUGGAACUUUGGGAUUUUUUUGGGUUUUUGUUUUUUUUUUGGGGGGGGAGAUUUCUUGGAAAGGAAAAUCAAGAAGGAAAAAAGGGAUCGAAGAUCGCUGAGAACGCCCGGGAGCCGGGAUCGGGCACGGCUGAGGUGCCCAUGGCGGGCCGGAAGCGCGGCGCCGGCGGUGGCAGUGCCGGCGGUGGCACGGGGUCGGUGCCGUGGCCCGAGGAGCCGGGCGAGCGCGAGCAGGGGCUGUACUCGCUGCACCGCAUGUUCGACAUCGUGGGCGCGCAGCUGACGCACCGCGACGUGCGCGUGCUCUCCUUCCUCUUCGUGGACGUGCUGGACGAGGCCGAGCGCGGCCGCAUCCGCUCCGGCCGCGACUUCCUGCUGGCCCUGGAGCGCCAGGGCCGCUGCGACGAGAGCAACCUGCGGCAGCUGCUGCAGCUGCUGCGCAUCAUCACCCGCCACGACCUGCUGCCCUACGUCAGCCUCAAGAGACGGUGCCCCGUGUGCCCGGACCUGGUGGACAAGUACCUGGAGGAGACGUCCAUCCGCUACGUCACCCCCCGCACGCCCGGGGGGACCCCGCCCGGCCUCGGCCACCCCCACAAAUCAGUGCCUGCCCCCCACCCGUCGCUGUGCUGCCCCCCCGGGGGGCCCCAGCUGGGCCCCAAGCGCCCGGGCCGGGCCCGGAGCCUCCUCGGGAGCCAACGGAAACGCAGGAAGUCAGCGACCCCCGACCCCAAGGAGAAACAGACCUGCGACAUCCGCCUGCGCGUGCGCGCCGAGUACUGCCAGCACGACUCCGCCCUGCACGGCAACGUCUUCUCCAACAAGCAGGACCCUCUGGAGCGCCAGUUCGAGCGCUUCAACCAGGCCAACACCAUCCUGAAAUCCCGGGAUUUGGGCUCCAUCAUCUGCGACAUCAAAUUCUCGGAGCUCACCUACCUCGACGCCUUCUGGCGGGAUUACAUCAACGGCUCCCUCCUGGAGGCCCUCAAGGGCGUCUUCAUCACGGACUCGCUCAAACAGGCCGUGGGCCACGAGGCCAUCAAGCUGCUGGUCAACGUGGACGAGGAGGAUUACGAGCUGGGCCGCCAGAAACUCCUCAGGAACUUGAUGCUCCACACGGCUCCCUGAGGGAUCCACCCCCCCCAGUUUUUGGGGUGUUUAUUUUUGGUUGUUUUUUUUUUUGUUUUGUUUUUUUUUCCGGGAUUUUUUCGUUUUUUUUCCCCCCCCCGAUUCUUCCGCGGAGCCCGCUCACGGAUUUGGGGAGGGGUGGAGGUGUGGGGGAUUCCGGGAUUCGGCGAUUUUUGGGGGUCCUGAUGGGUUCUCCUUGUGUUUUCCGUGGGGUUUCCCCUCCUGUUUUUUCUUUUGUAUCCAUUAAAAAUGGUGAUGAAAAGGCAAAGAUCCCAUUGGUGCGACACGCUGGGAUUGGGGGGUGCGGAAUAUUCCAGAAUUCCUCACUUUUCCCUGUCAGUUCCUCCUUGUGUUUUCCAUGUUUUCCCCUAUUUUCCUUUCUUUUGUAUCCAUUAAAAAUGGUGAUGAAAAGGCAAA